AUGCAGCCGCCAAAACCAAAACCGCCUCCGCGGCCGCAACUGACGCAUUUUCUAUGCAUCCCGCUGGCGACCACAGUCGGCCGGCCACAGCUCGCUGACAGCCUGGCCACAUUCCAUGCUGACGUGGCAGCUACUGCGGUCGCCAUGACCAGCGGCGGCAACGGCGGGCCCAGUAGUGCCAACAACCGGAACGCGACAACGCGCCGGGGCCCGCUGCCGCCCGCAGCACUACGAGCGGUCGGUACUCUGCACUUGACACUGGGCGUGUUGAGUCUGGGCGACGGCGACCGACUGCAGGAGGCUGUGUCCCGGCUCCAGUCGCUCGCAAAGCGGAACGAGGCAGACGAAGGCUCCGCUGGAGGCAAGGACAAGCCCAUCUCCAUGGCCCUUCGCGGCCUCCAUGCCAUGCAGCCGCCAGCACGGGCUACUGUGCUCUACGCGUCGCCGGUAGACGAGAAGACGGGCAGCCUUGCCGCAGCAGGCGGUCCUCUUCUCGAGCUCUGCGAGCGCGUGCGGACUGUCUUUGCCGACCUCCUGGUCCCCGACGAGCGGCCAUUGCUGCUGCACGCAACAAUUGUGAACACAGUUUAUGCCAAGCAGCCGCGAAUCAGCGGCGGACGGGGAGGAGGACGUGGACGAGGAGGAGAAAAGCUGACGUUUGAUGCACGCGAGCUGAUUGAGCGCUACGAUGACUUUGUGUGGAUGGAGAAGGUGCCGAUCCAUAAGGUGGCACUCUGCCGGAUGGGCGCACAGACGACCGCCAUGGAUGCCGACGGCGCCGUUGUUGAUGCAGCGUAUCCCGUUGAAGCCGAGGUUCGCAUAUAA